GCGCAGGCGCGUUCCGGGGGCUCCGCUUCUCCGAGUGCAGAGUCGGGCUGGACGGGCGCGCGCCGGACGCGGGCAGCUCGAGGGGUCUGGCGGGGCGGCUGGGGCAGCUGGACCAGAGGGCUGACGAGCCGGCGCCGAGAUGGCCGAAGGCAGCGCUGUGUCUGACCCACAGCAUGCCGCGCGUCUGCUGCGAGCGCUCAGCUCUUUCCGCGAGGAGUCCCGCUUUUGCGACGCGCACCUGGUCCUCGACGGGGAGGAGAUCCCGGUGCAGAAGAACAUCCUGGCGGCGGCCAGCCCAUACAUCAGGACAAAGUUAAACUAUAAUCCUCCAAAAGAUGAUGGAUCAACCUAUAAGAUUGAACUUGAAGGGAUAUCGGUAAUGGUUAUGAGAGAGAUCCUGGAUUACAUCUUCAGUGGGCAGAUCCGGCUGAACGAAGAUACAAUCCAAGAUGUUGUACAGGCAGCGGACCUGCUCCUGCUGACAGAUCUUAAAACUCUGUGCUGUGAGUUUUUGGAAGGCUGCAUCGCAGCCGAGAACUGCAUUGGCAUCCGCGACUUUGCCCUCCAUUACUGCCUGCACCAUGUCCAUUACCUAGCCACGGAGUACCUGGAGACUCAUUUCCGAGACGUCAGCAGCACAGAAGAAUUCUUAGAACUCAGUCCUCAGAAGCUUAAAGAAGUGAUUUCUCUCGAGAAGUUAAAUGUCGGCAAUGAAAGAUAUGUGUUUGAAGCAGUAAUUCGCUGGAUAGCACAUGAUACAGAACUAAGAAAGGUCCACAUGAAAGACGUGAUGUCAGCUCUGUGGGUUUCAGGGUUAGACUCCAGCUACUUACGGGAACAGAUGCUCAAUGAACCAUUAGUACGAGAAAUUGUCAGAGAGUGCAACAACAUACCGCUGAGCCAGCCGCAGCAAGGGGAGGCCAUGCUCGCAAACUUCAAGCCCCGGGGCUACUCGGAGUGCAUUGUGACUGUUGGUGGAGAAGAAAGAGUUUCACGGAAACCAACAGCAGCGAUGCGAUGUAUGUGCCCUCUUUAUGACCCUAAUAGGCAGCUUUGGAUUGAACUGGCCCCUUUAAGCAUGCCAAGAAUUAACCACGGAGUUCUCUCAGCAGAGGGAUUCUUGUUUGUGUUUGGGGGCCAAGAUGAAAAUAAGCAGACCCUGAGCUCAGGAGAAAAAUACGACCCAGAUGCAAACACAUGGACGGCAUUGCCACCAAUGAAUGAGCCACGACAUAAUUUUGGAAUUGUGGAGAUAGAUGGAAUGCUGUACAUUUUAGGAGGAGAGGAUGGUGAAAAAGAGCUAAUUUCCAUGGAGUGUUAUGACAUUUAUUCUAAAACCUGGACGAAGCAACCUGAUUUGACCAUGGUUAGAAAGAUCGGCUGCUAUGCAGCCAUGAAAAAGAAAAUCUAUGCCAUGGGGGGAGGAUCAUAUGGGAAACUCUUUGAAUCUGUGGAGUGUUACGACCCAAGGACUCAGCAGUGGACCGCUAUCUGUCCGCUGAAGGAGAGAAGAUUUGGAGCCGUGGCCUGUGGCGUGGCCAUGGAGCUGUACGUGUUUGGGGGAGUCCGAAGUCGUGAGGACAUCCAGGGGAGUGAGAUGGUCACUUGCAAGUCUGAAUUCUACCAUGACGAGUUUAAAAGGUGGAUCUAUCUUAACGACCAGAACUUAUGCAUCCCCGCCAGUUCCUCUUUUGUUUAUGGAGCUGUACCCAUAGGAGCCAGUAUUUAUGUUAUCGGAGAUCUUGAUACAGGUACCAAUUACGACUACGUGCGUGAGUUUAAAAGAAGCACAGGAACCUGGCACCACACGAAACCGCUUCUUCCGUCUGACCUUCGCCGCACGGGGUGUGCAGCCUUACGCAUUGCAAACUGCAAGCUCUUCCGCCUUCAGCUCCAGCAGGGCUUAUUCCGUAUCCGUGUUCAUUCACCUUGAGGAGGAGGCAGAGCAGAAGCAGAGCUCCUGACCAAGCGCACCAUAACACGGCUUUCUGCGAGGGGAACAGAGGUGGCAGCCGAAACUUGCUGUGUGCCCGGCUUUGUAUGGUAACUCUGGUGGUCUUACUGUAAUGCUUAGAAGCCUGAGCUUCCGCUCUCGUUUGGGAGAACCCGUAACUGUUGAAAGGGAGGAAUCCGUUCCUCCAGGGAGAUGUGUCUGCAGACAGACGGAGGCUAGUCCAUGUCAAAGGGGGAAGGGAAGUGGGAAUCGGUAUCAUGUAAAAUAUUGAAGUUAAAAUCCUAAGGUGCAUCUUCCUUGAAGGGAACGCAUGUCUGAGUGACUGCUGUGUUCAAGUACCUGACUUUGGUCAACAAACAAAAAUCCGUAUAUGCAAAUCCACAUAUCCAGACAUACCAAGAUUGCUUUUCUGCUGCACUUGGAAGGAAAUAUCAUGCCCAACCCUGUCCGACAAAUACGGUUUGUGCCUAAAAUGUUAGAUUGGACUGUAUGCCAGUUAGUGUCCAUUUGCUACUAGUACUGUGUCCGGAGAAUCUUUUUUAAACUAUAUUAUCAUGAAUUGAAACUAAGAUAAAAUUUCUCUUUUAUGACAUUCUAUCUUAGUCAUCUAAAGGUUCAAUAAAUCCAUGAGUCAGGUUGCAGCCCUCAUGUGAAUUGAAGGGAAGUUGCUAACUUCUGUGUUAAUUCAUAUACAUCAUGCCAUGAUUUCUGGGGUUGUGAAGGCUCUCAUACAGUGCCAUUCCUCCUUGCAAAUAAUCAGAACCACUUUAUAAACACGAGGUUAUGAAGCGGAGUAGAUUUUCUAGAAGAAAGACCUACGUCAGACAAAUCAUAAAGGUCUGCCAUGGCUACAAAAACUGUCCAGACAAAAUAUUAUAUAGGGAUCAAAAAUAUCCUUCUGUCCGAAAGCACACAAAGUCUUGUUUACUACUGUUAAGGAUUGAAAACUUGUCUUAGAAUGCGCACCUGCAUUAAGUAUCUAGUCUUUGUAGCAGAAUUUUCUCAAUGCCGUUCUCUAGCAAGAGUUUUAGACAAAUUAAGUUAUAAGUAAAGUUUGGCUGGUAGAAUAAACUACCUCAACUUAA